GGAGAAAGGAUGAACGUCUGCGCAGGCGCAAUGUACAGCUGGCGCCAGGAGCAAGCCGCGGGCUGCCGGGGGAGCGGAGGGGGAGAGGCGCGCGCUGAGAUUUUCCUUCUAAGGACGGUUUUCGAUGCUUCCCCCCAAACUUGAUUUGCUGGGUCUCAGUCUCGCCCUUUCUCAAGCCGACGGUCCCCUCGAGGAGAGAAUGGCGUCUGGGGUUCUGCUGGCCAGAGUCCAGGAGGCGGUGACCUUCAAGGAUGUGGCUGUGGACUUGACCCGGGAGGAGUGGGGGCUCCUGAGCCCUGUGCAGAGGGAGCUCUAUAGGGAGGUGAUGCUGGACAACUACAGGAACCUGGUGUCCCUGGGUAAGGCUGGAAAAGAAGGAGUGCAGAAUCUUGGGUGCUCAGCUCGCAUGUUCAGAGAGGAGAGAGACAGACAGAGACAGUCAGAGAGAGUGAGAGACAGAAAGACAGAGACAGAAGCCGAGAGAGGCAGACAGACAGAGACACACACAGAGACUCAGAGACCACUUCUCUCCUGGGCCCUCCUUCCCAGACCUGGGCCCUCUGAGGGGCACUUCCAGGGCCCGGCCCGCCCAGAGUGGCAAGCCUGCUUUGCCCUAUCACAUGACAAAAUUGUGCCCGUUAGUCCGGGGGCUGGCUGGACCCCUGCUUCUGGUGCCACCCCCUUGUUGUGGUUCUCCAAAGAGCCCCUGCAAGAGGGGCAGCCUCCAGCAGAAGAGGCUGGAAGUCUGACUCUGAGGUGGCCCCAGAGCUGUGUGCUUGGAAAGGGAGCUCAAGCCCAAUGGGGGGUCUUGGGGGCCCAGCAUGUCCCAUCACCCUCCUGAUGCCUGUUUUCACUCUUCUUUUGAGGAAACCUUGAACCCAGGCUGCCUUCAAUGACUCUGUAAGCAUUUAUUGAGCACCUGCUAUGUACUAGGUGUACAAAGCAGUGCCUGCCCUUAAGGAUGCUGGAGUCUCCUGGAGAUUGCAGCUAGUGCCUCGAUAUUAGCAGCAGGCGAUGGGCUGGGGAGGCUGCCGAGGAGCUGGGCUGGCUGGGCGUGAGGAGGGAGGGUAACGGGCAGUGGGGAUGGGGUGCGGGCAGUGAGAGGAGGCCAGUUUGGAUGGGCCAGAGGGUGGGAAAGGGAAGCCCCUCGGGAUAAUUCCAGAGCUGGAGUGCAGCCGGGUCACGGGGUGGGUCCCAGAGGCCAGAGAUGUGGCCGACCACGUGGAACAUGUGCUGAAGAGCGGUUCUUGGGCUCUUGCAGUCACUGAGGCAGCAGGAAGGAGGGCCGAGGGGCUGGGGGGAGACACCUCAGAGCUAGCAUCGGGGACCCUUGGUGGCUAAGGGGGAGUCAAGGAUGAGUCUGCAGUGGGAAGCUGGGGGACCAGGCGCCUUGUUCUCCCCCAU